GGCUCUGGAUGUGGGGAGUGGGGGGCGUCCUCAGGGAGACAGGGUGCUGGGAUGCCUGGGACCCUGAGGCCCCUUCCCCGGCAGGCCCCGAAUCCAGAGAAGGGGGCCCCACCCCUCACUUCCGGCCACACCAGCCACACCUUGCCCCGGGGUAUCCUGGGCAGGCCACUUCCUCCUCUGGGGGGGGGUGGCACCCCAGAACCUACUGGAGAGAGGCGAGGACAGACCCACAAGGAUGGACAGGUUCUGGAUGUCCACUGGCCGGGUCUCCCUUCUGGAAGCUCUGGUCCCGUGCCUGGUUCAGGCACAGCCCUUGGCCCAGAGGAAGCCGUGGCUGGUGGGGCUGGGGGCCGCGCUGGCCGCCCUCUUCCUCACCUUCGUCUUCACCGUGGUCUACGCCGUCUGGUGCAGAGAGGCCCGCGACAGCAACAAAGAGGAGGACGUGGGGAGUGUGAGAAAGGAGGAGAAAGAAGCAGAGGGUGACCAGGGGCUGGAGCUGGAGGAGAGAGAGGUGCCUCCAAACCGUGAAGGAGUGGUGAGCUCCUCCAGAUGAAGGUGUCUCGCCUGCCUCCUCCAGGCAGGCCUCCAGGGCUGCCCCCAUGCCUGCUCUGCACUCUGCAAGCAAAGUCCCGGUCCUGGGGCCAGGGGAAUUAUCCCAUGUGGGGUUCGGGGUGAAGGGUCCCUGAAUGAGGAGCGCUCAGGACCCACCCCAAGUCCCUCUGGGAGGCUUCUUUGCAUUUACCUGGGCGUUUCUGCGUCCCCUUCCCCAGCACAUCCUGCCCCAGCCCCCUUUUUCACUGGCAAGAGGGACGUGGGGCAGAAACCGUGCAGUUGGCUCUCCAGUGUUUGCAGGGCCCAGGCCCGGUCCAGUCCUUCUGCAAUCUCGCUUCUGCUGCUUCUGGGCAAGAACUUCCAGCCGAUGCGGAGCGCAGGGCGGUUUCCUGGGAGACGAGCGCCCCUCCCACCGCGUGCCGAGUUUCUGGUCACUGUCCACCCCCCCACCCCCCCAGCUGGGACUGCGUGCGGGUGCCGAGGCUGGGAGGAGACGCGGCGUCAUCACCCCCUCUUCCUGCCCUGCCCUCUGGGUGGCGGCUCCGCGGCUCUGUCCUUGCUGUGCGGCCCUAAGCAUGUAACUUAACGUCUCUGUGCCUCAGUGUCCUGUCCCGUAAAAGGGGGGGGGGGGGAGAGGAAAAUAACUUGGUCCUUUAUAAGUUGUCAUGAGGACGAAGUGAAAUGAUGUCCACAAAAAUCCUGGGCACAGAACCCGGAACCCAAAAGGUGUCGAAUAAAUGCCAGCUUUUUUGUGAUGCUGAAA